AUGGUCCCAGAGGAACCAACCUCCAAUGUGGUUGAAAGUCAAUGGUGUGGUCCCAGAGGAACUAACCUCACUGAAGUUCUAUGUGGUCCCAGAGGAAACCAACUCCUGAAAGUCAAUGUGCUUACAGAGGAACUAACCUCACUGAAAUUCUAUGUGGUCCCAGAGGAACCAACCUCCCCGAAUGUCAAUGUGCUUACAGAGGAACUAACCUCACUGAAGUUCUAUGUGGUCCCAGAUGAACCAACCUCCACGAAUUUCUAUGUGGUCCCAGAGGAAACCAACCUACACGAAAGUCAAUGUGGUUACAGAGGAACUAACCUCACUGAAAGUUCUAUGGUGGUCCCAGAGGAACCAACCUCACUGAAGUUCUUUGUGGUCCCAAACAACCUACAUGAAAAUGUGGUUACAGAGGAACUAACCUCACUGAAGUUCUAUGUGGUCCCAGAGGAACCAACCUACACGAAAGUCAAUGUUACAGAGGAACUAACCUCACUGAAAUUCUAUGUGGUCCCAGAGGAACCAACCUACACUGAACCUUCUGAAAAUGUGGUCCCAGAGGAACCAACCCACACGAAAGUCAAUGUGGUUACAGAGGAACUAACCUCACUGAAGUUCUAUGUGGUCCCAGAGGAACCAACCUCCCCGAAAUUCUAUGUGGUCCCAGAUGAACCAACCUACACGAAAGUCAAUGUGGUUAGAGGAGAACUAACCUCACUGAAGUUCUAUGUGGUCCCAGAGGAACCAACCUCCACGAAAGUCAAUGUGGUUACAGAGGAACUAACCUCACUGAAGUUCUAUGUGGUCCCAGAGGAACCAACCCAGAGAACCAAAGUCAAUGUGGUUACAGAGGAACUAACCUCACUGAAGUUCUAUGUGGUCCCAGAGGAACCAACCACCCCGAAUGUCAAUGUGGUUACAGAGGAACCAACCCUCACUGAAGUUCUAUGUGGUCCCCAGAUGAACCAACCCACACGAAAGUCAAUGUGGUUCCCAGAGGAACUAACCUCACUGAAAUUCUAUGUGGUCCCAGAUGAACCAACCUCCCCGAAUGUCAAUGUGCUUACAGAGGAACUAACCUCACUGAAGUUCUAUGUGGUCCCAGAGGAACCAACCUACACGAAUGUCAAUGUGCUUACAGAGGAACUAACCUCACUGAAAUUCUAUGGUCCCAGAGGAACCAACCUCUGA